UGAGGUGGAUAGUCUCAAAAGCCUUGAAUUUAGUCCCUUUUAUAUAGUAGGAUUAAUAUAAGCUAUAUUCUAUCAAUUAAUAUGCAGAACAUUAACUAGUUUUGCUUGUUGUUCUCACAAGUUUUGGUUAUUGACCUAACAUCUGCCUUUAAGUCAUGGCAUGUUAUAAUUCAUGAGUACGUAAUCACAUCCCAUGCACGGCUGUCUUUUAUCAUGUGCAAUUAAAGAAUUCAUGAUUUUCAUUCAAAAUAUGUAUGUCAGGAAUCAGGAAGGAAAUGAGAUCCAGAAAUUUGGUUUUAAAACUCGGAUAUCUACUAAAUUUAAGAAAGUAACAGAAUCAAAACACAUGUUAUUCAAUAUAAUCCAACCAAUGGUAGUUCGGUGAAAAUCUUUUGGGACUCGGCGUAUAUCCGUAUCGGUCCUUAGUUCGAUUCUGAGAAUUAAAUUAUGGUUACUUAGUCAUUCUGAAUUUAGACAUCGUGGCUUAGAUGGCUAAUAUUUGUAACAUGCGGCCAGUUUACCUCUGAUAUUGAACAGAAAAUACUUAAACUUGAGUCAGACAUGAUGGUACAUUUUCGGGUUAAUCCACUUUAAAACACUAAGUGUGUUCUUUGUUAACCGUCUGGAUAGUUGAUAGGAUUAUCAAGAAAAUAUAAUCUAAAACUGAUCCAGCAAAUUAUAUUUCGAAUUGAUUAUAAUGUGAGAUCUUGUCAACAUAAAUGGCUAGUGUAGUCAUCAUCCACUCAUUAUUAAUUUACAAUUGAAGUCAUAAAUGAUAAAACUUAAUCCUUUGAUAUUUUAAAUACGUAUAUUAAAUUGAACAUAUCUAACUAGCUAUUUUUAAAGAUUUGUUAACACGUCAAACAUAUUUUUGUUAAACAAUUCGAGCAUACAAAUAAUGUGAGACUAAAUCCUCAACUUUCAUUUCAUAUUAUGUAAAGACAUGCACAGUACAACUUUAUAUUUUCUUUGAUAUUUGAUUAAAUAGUUUUGUAAAUCAAAAUAAUUAGGAAGAUUCGAUAUAUAGUUUGAGAUCUUUUUGGAUCGCUGGUAUCAACAUGCCUUCUACGAUCUAUGUUUAUAGAGCAUUGAUGACCUCAUGCGUCUGAUAUAUUGAUUUCACUUAAUGUUUUAUAUCGAUUUAGUGCAUGAAUUCCAUUUCAUACAAAUACUUAUUUUCAAUGUAGGCACCGCUUUUUUUCUUCUAUUGGCAGCUACGGCAUGCAGCCACCGGAAACGGGAAACAUGUCGAUACAAAGAUUUAUUAAUAAUAUGCUCAACUAAUAUGACCACUGUACAAGUGAAGGCUCAACAACUGGAAUACUAACUUUAAAAAAAUAACUCUUUUAAAAAAAAAGGAAACAUUUUUCUUGAAUAAGUGGACUGCAAAAGCUUCCUUAGAAACUAUUGUUUACGAGUCUUCCUUUCUAAAUAAUUACAUACUAGAUUUUGACCCGCCCUUUCUAAGCGCGGAUUUAUUUUUUGAAUUUAAUAAUUUUAAUAUAAAUUUUUAUAUAAGAUAUUUUAUAAGUUUGGUCAUAUUAUUCGGAACCGAACAAUCAACCCGUACCAAAUUGAAAAAAUGAAACCAAACUUGAACUAAAAUUUAUAAAUAACUGAACAUAUCAUAUAUAUCUAGAACCAAGAUAAAUAGAUACCUGAAUUUUUAAAAUACAAAUUAUAUACCUACAAAUAUUAAUUAUAUGUAAUUUCUAAAUAACCAAAUAUCUUAAAUAUACUAUUUAUAAGCUGAAUUAUCCAAUAAAAACAAAUUACUCAAACAUUUUUUUCAAAUAUUAAAAAAAUAUCUUAAUAAGUCCUCAACAUUCAGUCUAAUUUUCCACUAAAAGGAACCAAAACACCAAUAAGUGGUAUCCCAAACCAAUAAACGCAGUCACCAUAUAUAAUAUAGUUGCAAUUUAACAAAAAUCCAUUAUUUAAAAUCCUUUAAAAUCUAAAACUCAUAUUAACUCGUGAAUCUAUACCAGAUGACAUGGUAAAAAUCUAAAAUAACAUGAAACUAUUUUUCAAAUUUUGAUUAAAUUUCUCAUAUAAAUUUUACUAAGAUAUAAAAAAUUGAAUAAACUACAUUUUUUAUGUUAUACAUUCUAGUUUAUAGGUUUUAUAAUGACUAUUUAAGAUUAAAUUUUUGAGUUUUAGAAAUAAAAUUAUUAUUAAGUUGAGUAUAGUUGAGUUGCCUAUAAAUGUUAAAAAUAAAUAAUAUAUUUUAUUUAAACAUAAAAAACAUUCUAAAAAUGCUAUAAUUUCCUGAGAAAAUAUUUAUACAAAACCCUUUCUCCUAAUAAACCCAGUUGUAAAAGAUUUUCAUCACAAAAAUAACCUAGGAAGGUUUUCAAAGAAAAAGCUAUAAUUUUGAAAUAUAAUUAAGCUUGUUGUUGUACUGUGAAAUAUUUCUCUAAUCGUAAUUGGAAGUUAAUAUGUUUUGACCGUCAAAUGGUAUCAUGUUUUUAACUUUCUGUUAACCAUACUUGCAUCAUGUUGUUAUAUUAGUUUGGGUCAUAAAACAUUUAUGAAUUAAAAGUAUGGUAUUGUUCAGACUUUAAUUACCAAUAAAUCUAAAUGUUUUUAUAGUAACUGCUUUUGUUAAAAAAAAAUGAUUGUGGGUUGUAUGAUUAUUAAACCUGUUAUAAAAUAAUCUAUUUUUUUAAUAGAUCUAGUGGCACAAAACUAAUAUUCCAAGGAAAAAUAGGGGUAAAAUAUAUCAAUGAUUUUGAAUUAAUAAUAUUGAUGUAUAAAUCUUUGGUGUAUUAUAGUAAGUUGAGUAUUAAAUAAGAACAUUGUUAUUUUAUAGUUAGAGAAAUAUAAGAUAAUUGAUUAGUGUAUAGUUAGGGAAAUAUAAGGUGAGACCAAAAAUAUAGUUAAGUUUAGUGAAUAGGUCCAACAACCUUUCAUAAAUAGAUUUUUUGGGAUUCCUUCCCUUUUAAUAGUAUAUAUAUAUUAUACUAAAACUAUGAGAACACACCUCAUUUUAUGGGAAGUCGACUGAUAUAUUUUGCAUGCAAAUGUACAGAUUGGUCCAGUCAACUAACACAUGCAUGGUGUGCAAUAAAACUAAAUUAAUAAUCUUCUAAAUCGCAUUUCAUCUUCCUUUUUAUAAUAACCCGAAUUCAAAUAACUUAGGCACUAUAUAUCAAUUAUCAAAACUCCAAAAAUAUAUGAAGAAAAGAUCAAAAUUCGAAGGAAGGAAAGAAAAAGAUAUGAAAGAAACACAAAAGCCAAAGAUAAUAUUCAUCCCUUACCCGGCGCAAGGCCAUGUCACCCCGAUGCUCCACCUCGCAUCGGCCUUCCUCAGCCGUGGCUUCUCCCCUGUGGUUAUGACUCCCGAGUCUAUUCACCGUCGGAUCUCGACGACUAACGAUGAUCUUGGAAUCACGUUCCUGGCCAUAUCUGACGGUCAAGAACGUCCGGAUGCACCUCCCUCGGACUUCUUCUCCGUAGAGAGGUCGAUGGAGAACAUCAUGCCGUCUCAACUCGAACGGAUCCUACUAAAAGAAGACGUGGGUGUUGCUUGUGUUGUAGUCGAUUUAUUGGCUUCGUGGGCUAUAAGAGUGGCUGAUCGGUGUGGUGUUCCUGUCGCCGGGUUCUGGCCGGUGAUGUUCGCUGCUUACCGUAUGAUUGAAGCCAUACCGGAGCUCGUACGGACAGGCAUAGUUUCCCGAAAAGGGUUUCCUCGGCAGCCAGGAAAACCAUUACUCCUACCUGAACAACCGCUCCUAUCCGCCGGAGACCUAUUAUGGCUGAUCGGAACUCCCACAGCUCAAAAAGGACGAUUCAAGUUCUGGCAAAGAACGCUAGAACGAGCAAAAAGUCUCCGGUGGAUCUUGGUAAACUCCUUCAAAAACGAAUAUGAAAGUGAAAUCUUUAAUCAAGAUCGAAACCCUCAAAUCCUUUACGUUGGUCCAUUGCAUGACCAAGCAGCAACAAGUGUUACAACUUUAACCAAAAGCCCUACUUUCUGGGAAGAAGACAGAUCUUGCCUUGGUUGGCUCCAAGAACAGAGGCCAAACUCAGUAAUCUAUAUCUCAUUUGGAAGCUGGGUUUCUCCAAUAGGAGAAUCAAAGAUUCGUACGUUGGCAUUGGCGUUGGAAGCGUCAGGAAGACCUUUUCUUUGGGCGCUAAACCGGGCGUGGCAGGAGGGACUGCCACCAGGGUUCGUGCACAGAGUCACCAUAGCGAAGAACCAAGGAAGGAUUGUGCCGUGGGCCCCGCAGACCGAAGUUCUUAAAAACGACUCAGUGGGUUGUUUCAUAACUCAUUGUGGCUGGAACUCGACCAUGGAGGCGGUGGCAAGUUAUCGGAGGCUAGUGUGUUAUCCAGUAGCGGGAGACCAGUUUGUGAACUGUAAAUACAUCGUGGAUGUGUGGAAGAUCGGGGUGAGAAUGAGUGGUUUCGGAGAGAGGGAGGUUGGAGAUGGACUGAGGAAAGUUAUGGAGGAUGAAGAGAUAGGUGAAAGAUUGAAGAAGCUGAGAGAUAAAGCAAUGGGGAAUGAAGCACGUUUGUAUUCGGACAAAAUGUUUACUCUAUUUAAGGAUGAGAUAAAGUGACAUGUUUCAAUUUAAUCUAAUGUCUUUUUUGCCAUUGUGUGCCGCUUCCAUAAGACCACAAAUACAGUGAGACAAAAUACAUUGGUUUUAUGUGAAAUAUUAUAAAAAUUGUCACUCAAAAUUUAAACUAAGCAUAAAAACUUCAUUAAUGAUAUUAUAUUGUAUUUGUCAUAUACUAAUCUUAACAACCAGUUUUUUUUUUUUUCUCUGAAUAUUUACCAUUUCAUAUAUCAUAAGAGCGUUUUUACAACAGCAAGAACAACAUAACAUACCAACAAAAGACCAGAUCUAGAUCAAUCACAAGAGUGCCUAAAAAGAAACACCACUAAACAGAAACCGAGCAAAAAAUCCCAGAUAACCAAAAGGGAAAGCUAGUGACCACGUACGAUUGAAAUAGAUCCCACAACACCACACUCUGCGCUAUACAAUAAGCCCCCAAAAUCAUCAUCCUAUCAACCUUUUCCAAUUUCCAAUCAGGAAUGUACUGGAGAUAAGAUAGAAUUUUCCUAGAAAUCCACCUGAAAGAAGGCCAAACUGGUGGUCUAGUUACUGCUCCAACCAACUCUUUGGAUUCUGCUGCAAAGACAAUUUUUGAAAAAUGGAGGCUACUCAUGCUUUCUAUUGCCCACAACCAAAUUCUUUCCUGAGCCUCCAUCACAGAUAGAACAUUAGUAAAGGAGUUACGGCUA